CCCCUGUUCUAGAUGCCGCUGUUACAAGUACAAGUAUAAGAAUAAAAAGUACAUACGUACAACACCUUGGGUUCCGAGGCAGGUCCAUAUAACUACUCCGUAGCUAGAACCGCAGCCGCAAUUGACGAGUUGUCAAACCAGCCAAACAGUGCAAAUAAAGGCCACCGUACAUCAGCAACACCACCAACACCGCCUUCUCCUGGCUUUGCUGCAACCAGCGCCUGAAGCCACGUCGACCCCAUCUUUUCAUUCAACUCUGCCACAUCUACCUUGUGUCUGCUGGGGUCAAUGUGCACUAUAUACAUUUAUAUUUGGUCACAAACCCCUAACUAGGUCGUCCCAUCUCCACGUCCCGCAUCCCCCCCAUUUUACUCCACAAGAGGGGUUCGAGUAUUUUCGUGGACUCCCUAUAACCGCCGGAACUAGUUUCUGCAUUUGAGAUGGCGGCACCACAGGGAGGCUUUCCUCCUGGAGGUCACCCCCAAGAUGAAUAUGGCCAGCAACAACCUUACGUUGACGAACAGCGCGGAGCCACAGGCUCUCCGGCUCACGCCGAUGCGCCAGGCCACGGGCCACAUUCCCACGGCGGUAAAAAGAAACGAGCAUAUGCUGGCCAGGCUUAUGAGUUUGGGGUAGGUCCUAAUGCUGCCUUGGGUGGACAGUUACAAGGUGGUGGAGCGCACGGCGGAUAUCCCGCGUCGCAACAACCCCAGGGUUAUCCGCAAGGUGCUUAUGGGGCAGAGCCAGCCCAAAUGACUUCUCAAAUGGUUGGCCAGCCGGAACCAGUGGCAGUUGGGGGAUAUCAAGCUCCAGUCGACUCCUAUCCUUCCCAGCCUGCCAGUAUGGGUCAAGUAACCCAGCAGAUGGGACAGAUGAGCAUGGGUGGUCAGCCUGCAGCGCAGAUGCCGGUGCAAAGAGGUGUCCCGCUCAAUACGUUAUAUCCCACCGACCUUCUUACACAACCGUUCAAUGUUGCUGAACUAGACUACCCUCCUCCGCCCAUUGUUUUGCCUCCCAAUACCAGCGUCACCCCUUCUCCAGAUGCGAAUUGCCCUCCAAAAUAUGUGCGCUCUACUCUAAAUGCUGUGCCGACCACUCAUUCUCUUUUAAAAAAGUCUCGUCUACCAUUUGCCUUGGUUAUCCAACCUUACGCAUCCCUCCACGACACUGAAGACCCGAUUCCCAUUGUGUCUGAUCAAGUAAUUUCUCGAUGCCGACGAUGUCGUUCCUAUAUCAACCCUUUCGUCACGUUUCUUGACCACGGUCAUCGCUGGCGCUGCAACAUGUGCAGCCUUACCAAUGACGUUCCUCAAGCAUUUGAUUGGGACGCAGCCUCGCAAAAGGCCCUUGAUAGAUGGCAAAGACCAGAGCUAAACCAUUCUGUUGUGGAGUUUGUGGCGCCUCAGGAAUAUAUGGUCCGACCACCACAGCCCCUCGUUUACCUGUUUUUGAUCGAUGUCAGUUUCGCAUCUGUCACCAGCGGGCUUUUGGCCACCAGCGCACGCUGCAUCCGCGAAAGCCUUGAUAGAAUACCCAACGCAGAUCGUCGAACCAGGCUUGGUUUUGUUGCUGUGGAUUCUAGUCUCCAUUACUUCACUAUACCAAGAGAUGGCUCGGAGAAUUCGGACCCGGGCAUGUUGGUUGUUAGCGAUUUGGACGAACCUUUCCUCCCAAUUCCUGGAGAUCUAUUAGUCACACUCACAGAUUGUCGCGAAAACAUUGAACUGUUCCUGGAUAAACUGCAAGAAAUGUUCCAAAAUACGCAGAACAAUGGUUCAUGUAUGGGUUCGGCCCUUCGAGCCGGCCACAAACUUAUCGCCCCUGUUGGCGGAAAGAUAACGGUAUUGACAGCGUCGCUUCCCAAUGUGGGUUUCGGAAGUCUUGAAGUGAGAGAGGACAAGAAAGCGCUUGGAACUAGCAAGGAGAACACUUUGCUACAGACAGGUAACAGCUUUUACAAAAGCUUUGCCGUCGAGUGUUCGAAGCAACAGAUUUCCGUGGAUAUGUUCCUGUUUUCUUCGCAGUACCAGGAUGUAGCAUCGCUUAGCAACCUCCCCAGAUACACCGGCGGCCAAACAUACUUCUACCCUGGCUGGAAUGCUGCCCGAAGCGAAGAUGCAAUCAAGUUCGCCAAGGAGUUCUCGGACUAUCUUUCAGCAGAAAUCGGCCUGGAAGCUGUGUUGCGUGUGCGCGCCACGACCGGUUUAAGAAUGAGCACUUUCUACGGCAAUUUCUUCAACAGAAGCUCAGAUCUCUGCGCGUUCCCCGCUUUUCCCCGUGACCAAGCAUAUGUUGUGGAGGUGGCCAUCGAUGAAACCGUCACGAAACCGGUAAUUUGCUUGCAGGCGGCUGUCCUUCAUACAACCUGCAAUGGAGAACGAAGGAUUAGAGUCAUUACAUUGGCCCUACCCACUACGCAGUCUCUCGCGGAUGUCUAUGCUUCAGCAGACCAAUCGGCGAUCGCGACCUACUUCAGCCAUAAGGCUGUCGAACGUACUCUUGGUAGCGGUCUUGAUCAAGCACGUGACGCACUUCAGUCCAAAAUUGUAGAGCUAUUGUCAACAUAUAGAAAGGAGUUGGCGGGCGGAAGUGUUGGAGGUGGAGGGUUGCAGUUCCCCGCUAAUCUACGAGGAUUGCCGGUUCUAUUCCUGGCACUAAUGAAAAAUAUCGGCCUUCGAAAAUCUACUCAGAUCCCAACGGAUAUGCGAUCGGCGGCCCUUUGCCUCCUUUCCACGCUACCACUCCCUCUUCUGAUCCAGUAUAUCUACCCGAAACUAUACUCGCUUCACGAUAUGCCCGACAAUGCUGGCGUACCCGAUGAGAAGACCGGUGAAAUCACCCUACCACCCCCUUGUAACCUAUCAUCCGAGCGCCUCGUGCCAUAUGGCCUCUACCUCAUCGACGAUGGGCAGACGCAAUUCCUCUGGGUCGGCCGCGACGCUGUUCCACAGUUGCUCUUGGAUGUCUUUGGCAUCGCCGAUAGGACACAUGUGAUGGUCGGAAAGCAAUUCUUACCUGAACUGGAGAACGAUUUCAACGAGCGGGUGCGCGCCGUCGUGCAAAAGAGUCGCGAUAAGCAAUCUCGUGGCGUUGGUAGCAUUGUUGUUCCCCACCUUUAUGUUGUGAAGGAGGAUGGGGAGCCUGGAUUGCGCCUAUGGGCGCAGACUAUGUUGGUUGAGGAUCGGGCUGACCAGGGAGUCAGUUUGCCGCAAUGGAUGGGAUCGUUGCGGGAGAAGAUUAUGCAGUAAAGGGACGAGAGUUGAUAAUCAUACAUCAUGUUUUAUGUGUGUGAGAGAGAGGGGGGGAGGGGGCAAUUCCCUCCGUCUCGUCGUCAUAAUCCUCCAGGCUAAUUAAUCAAAAUCAUAUUCCGCAUUCGAAGAUGAAAAAAUACAUUCCUGUUCCAAUGUUAAUUUCUUUCCUUUUCACCAAGUUAUAUAUAACCCAGUUCUAACCUUCGAAGGGAUAUAAUAACUUUUCCCAAGUGAAACAAGAUUAACCCCUCAUGCAAUGAACGUAUAUUUUGUCCUCAAAAGUACUCACAAACCCGUCUUGAAAGAACAUUUUUUGUAUUUACAUUAAAACAAGAGGAAAGAAGUAAAGGAGCGGAAAGUUAUAAACAAACCAAAAAUGAAUUUAAAAAGAAAGAAAAAAAAGACAAAGAAAAAGAAUCAUAACAAUGAAGAACAGUAAAAAAAAAAGAGUUAGAAAAAAACAGAUCAACAGGGUCUUGCCGCGACUCGAACGCGGGGCCUCUCGCAUAUCAGAUUAAGUGCACUUAAUCGGGCAAACCCGAAGCGAGAAUCAUACCACUAGACCACAAGACC